GGCGACGGUGUCUCUCGCGAGGAGGAUCCACCCGCCGUAGCAGGUGCAAUAAUACACCAAAGCGAGUUCAACGGGUCGUCCUUACGAAAACGUCUUGUGUGAUGGAUGGAAAAUCCCUCCGGAGGGUAUAAGAGAAGCAUGAGUGGGCAGAUCCGAGUUCUAGAUGAAAUAUCUCGCAACAAAUAUAUACUGACGAUGGCGAGCUCCUCAGAGAGAGACACCGUCGAGACGACGAAUACGAACAAAUCAACGACGAACGGAAUUAACCCUUCCACACUCGUGGAGGGUGCAAGAAAGCGACGACGAUUGGAACCCUCGACGACCAACAUAGAAAUCCCUAAGAAGACGCAGCGACGCGACGGAACGUGCAACUUCGAUGUCGACACGAGCGGCAAAGGAAAAGCCGAGCGUACGGAAGACAAGAAGGACCCGUCACGGUGCAAAAGAAAGCCGGCUUUGUUGAUAGAUUCGCAGGAUGCGAAAACGCUACAGGCCGCAGGAACGGGCAGGGAUAACACGGCCAGAUUGCGGAAAACGAUACAAUGGCUCGAGGAGGGAAUUCGAAGACUGCGCGAGGAUCUGGCGAAUGUGCGAACGGAGCUGCACGAGGAGCGAAGGGCGGCGAAAAUUGCCAAGAGGGAUUUUGCCCUCAGGGAGGCGAGAUUCGCUGAGGCCGCCAAGUAUCAGCCGAUCGUAGAGGAGUUGAAGACCAGACUCGCUUAUUCCGCAUCGCCGUUGUCGUCACCGUCGUCGUCGUCACCGUCAUUCAAACCGGAUCCUGUGAAAAACGAGAAUCGCGAACUGUCGACUCUCAGGAAACGCUUGGCCGAAGCUGAGAGCACGAUACGGAGGCUCGAAUGGCAAUCGGUGAAAUCACGUACGACUCGCAAUGCCGAUGGCACUUCCCCGGGCGGUGAGACGCGUCGCCUGGAAACGGAAGUGCGAAGUCUUCGUGCCGAAAACGAAAAACUCGAAGAAAAAUUGCGUGUCGCUCUAGAUGCGGAGAAGCCUCGUAUCUCUGAGAUACGAGCCCAACAAGAGAAUUACGAAGCGGAGCUUUCCGCAUUGCGAGAAUCCCAUCGCAACGAAACUACAAAGAUGAUGGACGAACUGCGAGACAAGGAGCGAGAGAUCGGGAAGCUCUUGAAGGAUCGGAAGCUGGAACACGAUAAGAUGUGGAAGUUACGAGAGAACGAGAGGAACCGACCGAUACGCUCGUCAUCUCGUAUAAAGAGGAAGAUCCUCGCAGAUGAUGUUCAUACGGUGGGGUCAUGCGAAUCCGUAGAACCCGGCAGAGCCAUGAACGAAAUCGAGGUCGAGCGCCUCCGUGAACUCGCGCUUGAGCAGCAGGAAAUCAUCGAAAUACUUAGACAGGCGGUUAAGGAGAGAGAAAGAAAGUUGGAACAACUGUCAAACAAGAGGAAGAAGGAGGAAUAUUACAAGCAGUGGCUCGAGCUGGAGCCGGUGGUCGAAGUGGACGACGAAGAAGACCACGAGGAGAAUGACAGCGCGUUAUCGAGCGCCCCGUCUUCGAUGUCACCCCAGCCGGGUGGCUGCGGCCAGUGGCAGGGCAACGGUGUCACUAGAGAAGCGUACGAGGCCGUCCUCGUCGAGAUCGAGGAUUUACAAUCGAAACUUCUCAAGGAGCAAUGGGAGCUGUCGCGCGCCAAGAUACAAGUUUGCGAUCUAGAGAAGGCACUCUUGCAGGAGAAAUGCGCCGACCGUGACAAGGAGUUGAGUGAACUGAGGGAUAAGCUUCGAACCGUCGAGGAACGGGAGGCCGCACUUUUGGUGGAGCUUUCGGAAAUACGGGAGCAAAAUGAGCUUCUGGAAUUUCGGCUGCUGGAGCUGGAAGAGACACCUGCGCGCCGGGAUAGUCCCGAUCACGCGAUGGACAGCGGCAUCGGCUCGCCGGAGCCCGCUCACGCGAACAAGGAGAACAAGCAGAGAAGCCGCGCGGUGGCGACGGUAAUACCGUACACGAACAACGCUACGAGCCCCGCGAAGUCGUUGUUGCCGCACAAGCCGCCGCUAACCCUUCAGGAGAGCGGUAUCUUCGAGGAGGAGGAGGAGGAGGUCGAGUUCGCCAGCCGCGGCACUCAGACCCAGACACCAUCCGGCGAGCUCCUUCAGGAGGUACAACGUCUCCAAGAGUUGAGGACUUGGAUUCAGGAACGGGCGGCUAAGAACACGGCACCGGUCUUCCAUCCGAUCGACUCGUCCAAGAUCUGUCUGGACAUGUCGGCGGUGGACUCGAUAGUCCAGCUGACCGCCUACCAGGAGCGCGUUCGCGACCUCGAAGAGAGGCUCCAAGUAUACGAGGAGGCCGAGAAGAGCCGGGAGCGGGAGAAGCGAUUGUCGAAGCAACGGGAGGAGGAGUUCCUGGAUGAGAACUAUAGGCUCACAGAGAGAAUAUACUGGCUGGAGAACGAGCUGCGAAACGUAAGGUCCAGCCUUGACGAGGUCAACUGUAGAGGCGAGGCAUUCGUCAUGAAACGAAGCAGGAGGAGCCCGGAGGAGAAGAAUACGAGCGCCGCUCAAACCGUCGAGAUGAUUGCUGAAUGUAUCACCUCUCCGAUGGGAUGUAACGUCACGCUCGUAUCCUUGGAGGAAAAGAAGAAGGGAGACGAGGUGGGACCCGGUGAAUCCGCGGAGCCGGUCGACUCGGAAAAGAAGGUUAGACACAGGCGGGUUAACGAACGAUCCGCGAAUGUCAGGUUCAUCCGCGACGUCUCUUUCGGGCGAGGAAGUCACCCGUUGGUUCUCUAUCAGGAAAUUUGCGUCUAGCUUCUCGUCGAAUUGUUUGAUAAAAAGCGGGCAUUUAGGGGGAUCCGGUAACAUCGCAAGUCUUCGCUGUAAUACCGUUUUUCACGCCGAGGAAAGUUUUGGCUGCUCGCGUAAACGAAAAGCUGAUGUAUGCCUGUCUGUCUGUCUGUCUGUCCAAGUUGAUGUGUAGUAAUUUCGAGGAGAAGCUGGGAAUCACUUCGUGAUAGCGCGGAAUAAAGCGUGUGUUCUCCGGAGCAACGGCUUCCAGAAAAUAACGGCGAACAGAAGAAGACCGAGGUCGCGGAGAAGAAGGCGCGGGGAUGGUGAUGAGGAGGUGAGGAGGAGAAGGAGAAGGAAAGCUAACCGACUGCCUAGUGUCUUUGAGCGUGAUCUACUUUCGCUGGAGGUGAAGGCGAGAAAGUUCAUCGUCUCUCGUCGUCGCAGACUUCGUCCAUCCACCCACGAGUUCCACGGAAGGGUCGACGAACCCGUGGGUGAACCCGCGGCACGCACGAGGACAAUACACGGCUGGCGCUGCUUGGCGUGCCCAAGUGACGAUCAGAAAUGGUACGUCCUGAGAAUAAAACGAGGGCGCCUGCGGAUCGAGGAGUGCCAAAACUACCUGACCCCCCGGUUAAUGUGCUUCACCUCUCUAACACGUGCCUCUCGCCGAUUUUAACGGGCUUUUCAUCAUCGUGUCGAUGUGUUACACUCCGAAAUCUCCUCUUCUUCGACAACACGCGAGAAACCACACGGUCGCAAAGUGGUUCGUUAGAAUCGGCGAAGGAUAUUCGCGAACUGCUCCUUGUAAGUCGCGACCAAUUUUUGCGUACAAGCUGUGAAAUCGAGUGCCAAAUAGAUCACACACACACACACACACACACGUAAAGUAAAGCGUCAUUAUGGAGUCGUAUAAUUCGGAGGGAAUAAAGUUAAGCGAACGAAUUUGCACUGGACGGAUGCGUCCUUGUAUCGUGCGAUGCGUCUGUCCUGCCAUAUUAAAAUUUCAAUAUGCAUCCGGAUGCAAUUUAAAUUUAAAAUGACAAAAAGAACAGAGCGCGGACGAAUUUGGAAGAGCGCGUCAAAUCACAACUGUGCAUUGUACGAUUAACGUGCAGCCUUAUAGUAUUAUACAGAACGGAGAUAUUACGUUAUAUCUUUACGUUGCACUUUUACGAGUGAGCAAAAUUUUGCUGUAAUUUUGUCCACGGAAAAACGUUCGAGAAAGUUAUUGCACGUGUGUGACAAAGGGAAUGCGGAUACUUCAGUGAAACGAUUUGCUCGUUAUAGUAUUUUUCUUCAGUUACUUCUCUUGGUUACUUCCUCUACACAAGCCGAUUUUAUUACAUGGCAGAAUGAUAUACCGGAUUAAAAAUCGGAGCAACCACGAGAACCAAAUUGUAGAAUAAUCUUGCGAAGAGAAAAGACGAAACGAAAUACGCUGAACUAGGCGUAUACUUAUACUCGAAACAUGCGUGUGUGCGCUUCCGCAUUUAAUAUGUUUGAAUAUGUAUACGAUUUAACGCAAUAUGUAUGUAAGAAAUGCGUAUCUCUAGUCGUAUCGUUUGUUCGAUCGUAGAACACAAUGAGCAUGUGUUCGCAUUGAUCUUGAAUGAGAGUUGGUGUUCUUACAGUUUAGUAGUUUAGAAGUGUAUAUUCUCCAAUGCUUGUUGUAUUUAUACUGUAUAAAUCAAACACAACUCGGUCGACCGUGAUCUACAAUUUGUCUCGUCCAUUUAGUAUCAUGGAAUUGACGUUGUUCGUGCAUCUUGACGUGUAUCUGCAAGAGAAUUAACGUAAUUUCGAAUAAAUCUCUUUUCCAUCUUC